GCGUGGCCGCGGUGGUGACGCUGGAGGAUUGGCAGCUGGUUUCGCCGCCGCGCCGCGGUCUCGGUGUGUCUGCUCUGCGCAGCGCCUGCGAGCGGAGGGAGUCGGUGAAACGCAGCGGCGGUUCCAGCGCGUGCGGCUUCGGUAACGACGCACUAAACCUGCCUCUUCAUUCAUACUCUCACAACCCAAGCAGAAAUACCAAACAACAGCAUCUCUCUUGUGAUUCACCGUUGCUGCUGAACUCGGCUUAGAAAAGAAGGUUUAAUGAAAGAGAAAGACAAGAAGAAGCGCACGGCAACGUUACGACUGUUUUUAUUUUCAUCCCAUUCUGAAUGACGGGCGGACGGUUCGACUUCGACGAUGGAGGCACUUACUGUGGCGGAUGGGAGGACGGGAAAGCCCACGGACACGGCAUCUGCACGGGACCCAAGGGUCAAGGCGAGUACGCCGGGUCCUGGUCCCACGGUUUCGAGAUAGUCGGGGUCUACACCUGGCCCAGUGGGAAUACGUACCAGGGCUACUGGUCGCAGGGCAAACGCCACGGGCUGGGUGUUGAGACCAAGGGGAAGUGGGUUUAUCGUGGGGAGUGGAGUCACGGGUUCAAGGGUCGCUAUGGAGUUCGGCAGAGCACGAAUACACCUGCUAGAUACGAUGGGACGUGGAGUAAUGGACUACAGGAUGGCUAUGGAGUCGAAACCUAUGGGGAUGGUGGCACAUAUCAAGGCCAGUGGAUGGGGGGCAUGAGACAUGGCUACGGUGUGCGACAGAGCGUGCCUUAUGGAAUGGCCACCAUUAUCCGCUCUCCGCUUCGCACCUCCCUGGCCUCCCUAAGAAGUGUGCAAAGCAAUGGCGCUGUUCUGCAGGAUGCGGUACCCGACACACCAGUUGGAAGCCGUGGUGGUUUCGUGCUGAAUUUUCACAGCGACACCGAAGUCGUCACCGGGAAGAAGAAGGGCCUGUUCCGCCGCGGGUCCCUCUUCGGCAGCCUCCGCCAGCUACGUAAAUCCGACUCCAAAACAUCCAUCUCUAGCAAACGGAGCUCAGCGCGUAGCGACGCCACCAUGAGCCGCAUCAGCUCCAGUGACGCCAACUCCACCAUCAGCUAUGGAGACGGAGAGGUGCCCGAAGAGUACACCCCCAUGGAGGACCAUGUGGACGCCACCACCACAGAGUCCUACAUGGGCGAGUGGAAGAAUGACAAACGCAAUGGGUUUGGAGUCAGUGAGCGAUCCAACGGGCUGAAGUACGAAGGGGAAUGGAUGAACAACAAGAGGCAUGGAUACGGAUGCACAAUAUUCCCAGAUGGAACCAAAGAGGAGGGAAAGUAUAAAAAUAACGUGUUGGUGCGUGGGAUAAGGAAGCAGCUUAUUCCUCUUAAAAACCAUAAAACUAAAGAAAAAGUGGACAGGGCCGUGGAGGGGGCACGAAGGGCGGCAGCUAUCGCCAGGACUAAAGUGGAAAUAGCAGUGUCAAGGACAUCCCAUGCAAGGACUAAAAGUGAAGCAGCAGACCAGGCCGCACUUGCAGCGUGUCAGGAAUCAGACUUAGCCAGAGCUGUGGCUCGUGAAUUAUCUCCAAGCUUCCAUCAACCAGGACUUGACUACAUCAAACAAAAGUUCAGUGAGCCAGUGGAGGAGAUCAAGGAGGAAGCACCUAAAGAGGAGAAGGAGGAGGAGAAGGAGAAGGAGAAGCCUUCUGGCAGCCCUUUCUAUCGGCGCGGCACGACUCCAAGCCACUCUCCUGCCCAGAGCCCAACCCCGUCACCUCCUCAGUCCCCUCAACAGAGCCAAGCACCCAACCCCAGCGCCAGCCGCAAGAUAAGCAAGGACAACAGCAGCGUAGCCCGAAAGAUAAGCAAGGACAGUAGUAGUGUAGCUCGCAAGAUAAGCAAAGAAGAGAGAGCCUCCAUUGUGGCAGAGAUCACCAAAGUUUCCACCCCUCCUCCUGUACCGGCCAUCAAGCUACAGAACGUUCCCCCACCAAAGCCCCCCAAGGCCCCUGAACCCCUGCCCAAACCUGCCAGCACAGGUAAUGGGCAGCUACAUGCUGCUUAUCACAGUUACUACGUGAAGCCGGUGGCGAAGUUGCCUCCACCAGAGGAACCAGAAGAUGAAGAGCCUGAGAUGACGCAGUCUAGCCUGGCCAGGAUGCCUCCACCACCCAAAAUGGUCAGGGCGCCCACUCCCAAACCAGAGCCCAAGAUCAGGAAACAAGAGUCUAUCAAACCAAAGAGCUUAGCUGAUACCAAGAAAGCCAGCAUAGAUAUGGCCGAUGAAACCAUAGCGGAAGAGUCUGGUCCUAACUCAAUUUUGGUUGCCAUGGUGAUGCUUUUGAAUAUUGGAUUGGCAAUCAUUUUUGUCCAUUUCCUUACAUGAAACACUACCAUCUCAGUGUUGGAUGGCGACCCACACAGUGUCAAUGACCUUUCUGAAAUCCAAAUGGCACCAGGCAGUCUCCAGAGGGCAGAGGGAGCUGAAGAAUCAACAUAUAGGAGUUUGAAACCCAGAGCAUCAUCUCUGAAAAUGGCGUGGUCUAAUAUCAUGUGGCUCUGGCAAAAGAGAUGAAAAUAUUUUUUGGGGAAAAAUUACCAUUAAAAUGGAAACCGAAGAAGAGAAUGCAGUGCAACGUGACUCUUAUCUGCUGACGGAAAGCCUUAAUAUCAGCAACUCCAUAGGUCUCUGGCAGAGACUUAACUGAAAAUGUUUGAUGAUGCACUUUUGCGUGAUGGGCAAGAGCAGCUGCCUUACUCAUUUACCAUCUGACGUGUAACUGGGAGAUGUGCUCGCAGUGCCAGAGGAAUGCAUUCAGGGGGCUUUGCUGCAGCGGGCGUACGUUCCAGCCAGCCUGGCCUGAGGAAACCGAACGCGCACACCAGCGUCACUCAUCCGUCUUACACCCUUUACCGACCCACUGCAGUUUCUUCUAGCAUCUCCUACGUUCUUCUCGGAAGCUCUUGAAUCGAUGCUCCCUACUGUACUCCUCACCUUUCGUUUUCUGUUUUCAUGUAACUUUAUGUUUGUUAACCUCAUUGAAAAUCGUGUUUGAAUUUAAUGCGACGCAAAGUCACUCCCACUUUUUUGUGACAAGGGAAAAUAUUAUAUUAUUUAUUAAAAAUGUGCAAUAUGAUUUAUUUUUACACUUGCAUAGUUUAAUUGUUCACCAAAUAGGGGCAUUGUAAUUUUGUCCCAGUAUUUAAGAGAUGGAAAAAUAUGAAAAGUUUAGAGUUAGAGGUAUGAUUCAAGAUCUGUGGUUUCCCACUCUUUGUUGAACACAUCCAUUUAGAUCAUGGCAAACCAAUCAAAAAGUCUUAUGAAGUGUGUUAUUUAUUGAAUUCUGGGAAUUGACUGUUUGUCGUGUUAUGUAAAUUAAGCCCAUGCCAUCGUGCAUGCAAUGUUGUGCAAGAGUUAUUGUGCUUCAGAUGUCAGGUUUGACGUGUGACAGCAGGUGAGAUGUUUUGAGAAAGAAAAAAAAAAGACGAUGUUGAGGGCUUGCUUGCAUGUUUAUGACCUUGGAUGCUUUGGAUAUCAAAAGUCAGGUAGUGCCACAGUCGGGUGGCGCUAGAGGAAGUAGGACAUUGCCUUUAAGAGUCUUUAACAGUACUUCAGUUUACCUCAAACAACAUAGAAAAGGAAAUAAAAGCCUCGUAUGAGAUGAAGUCUUUGUCUUAAAUCUGUAGUAUGCAAAUUCUGACUGACAGGGCCGUUGGGGAUUCAAUUUAAAUGUGCCACUAUAUUGUCAAAUUAGUUUUUUUGGUACAUCCUGAAAUUUUACUUUUAUUUGUUAUUCUUAUAUUUAUGUGCAGUUUCCCUCUUCAGAAGGUUUAUUUAUUAUAUAUAGCAUUCUAGAUAUCGUUUCUAGUGUUUGGUGAGUGUACAAGGGCUUGGAAAACUCAGUUUCUCUUCUUCAAACCCUCAUUUGCUUUUAGUUUCGUUUGCAUGGGGUCUUUAAAUGCAUUAACACCUGUAUAUUUGAUUCAAAACAACUAAGGUGAAAUAUGUUUAAGGCAUAAAACUUUACUUUUGCGGGAUGUGUUUCAUUUGGUUGGAUUUCAGUUCUGUGCAACAAUGCAGUGCAAUGUGUACGGGCUCUUUUAUAUGUUUUCUGAAGGAAAGUUAUGAGCUCUUAUGCUAACAGGGCAAGACAUGGAGUUAUUUUUCUAAAAACAAAUGUUGCACAAACAAAAAACAUUUAUAUACUAUAUGAGGUUUAUUCUAUUUAUAAGCGUUUUUACAGAGCACAGCCAUUACAAUAUGAAUUCUAAAAAUAUAUUUUUCUAUAGAAAUGCACAAUUGUAUUUUGUCAAAAGCAGUAUAGCUCCUUUAUAUCAAGCAUUGCAUCUCACACAUCAUCAGAAUUAAGACUCUAAGCCUAUAUAUGAUUCAACGUGAUUUGAAAUGCUGAGGAUGCAGGAAUUCUUUUUGAACCCUUGAAUGCAAAAAACUCAUCUCUGUUUCAUGUCAAGCCCAUGGGUUAGCCCCACGUAUUUCUGUAAUUUGAAAAGUUAUGGUAUUUAUCUGUAUAAUAAAAUGUUAUGCCUUGUAA